AGUGCUGAGUACUGUAAGGUUUUAAAAUCUGUCCUUAAAACUGUCGUGUUCUGUAUUAUGCUCAUUUCCUCACUAUUACAGCAGUAGUGUUGUGUACACUCACUGACCGCACUGACUCUAACGCUCAUUUGGCUCCACCUUCAGCUGCCCAGCACAGGUGUGUCUUCACCUGUGACAAAACCUGGUAUGUAGUGACACGCAUGCUGAUUGCGCCAAAAGGUGUUUAAUACAUGGUCGAACACGUGUGCCAAAUGUAAUCGCAGCGAGCUGAGUGGAAACCAUGGGCAGAUUUUGGAACGAGCUAUUAAUGGUGCUGAUGCUGGCGGAUAUUUUGGUCAUGGCGUUGGCGCGCAAAGAAGGCAAAGCGCGGAAGCGCAAAGUGGAGGGCCAGCAGGACACGCAGCCGCAGCGCAACGCCACUUCCUUCCAGAUUCCCCUCGACCCCAUUCUGACUGGAGACCACACAGCAGGAGCCGGAGAACAAGAGGUGGACUUCGACAAGGCCAUCGAUGACAUGGUGUCCCAGGUGAGGAACAACCCGGCUCUGUCCAAAAGCAAGUGCGUAGUGGACCGCCACCUGUGGAUGUCCAACAGUCGAAGCCUCUCCCCGUGGUCAUACAGGAUCAAUCAUGACGAGAACCGCAGGCCCGUCGACAUACCGGAGGCCAAGUGCGCAUGCGCGGGCUGCAUUAACCCGUUCACCAUGCAGGAGGACCGCUCAAUGACCAGCGUGCUCAUCUACGCCAAGAUCCCGGUGCGGCGGCUGCAGUGUCCCCGCAAGAAGAAGAAGAAGUGCGUGCCGCGUUACCGCACCGUGGUGGAGAGCAUCGCCGUGGGCUGCACGUGCAUAGCAGGCUGACUUCAGCCAAACUAAUCUUUACGAACUCUCACUCUGAUCACGUUUGUUUUUAUUAUUAUUAUUAUUAUUAUUACUGUUCAACUUCAUGUACAUGCUCAAAGUCAAGUUGCUGAACCAAACCGAAAGGGAAUCACAGUGUA